AUACUGUAGUUUGCAGGGGGACCCUGAUACUUCCAUAUUUAGUCACUAUUUGUACGUCGCACUGAUUUGACUUCUGAUUAACUUAAACUGCUUUUGCUUUAUAACGUCUAUAAAUAUAUCGUAUUCAUAAUUUUACCUGAGGUGUCCCUCCCUUAGGCUUGUGAAAAUCAAGUAACCUGACAUCAGUCAACAAGUUCCGGGUAACCUGAGUCGGAUGACCUCAGUCCGUCGGCCCGACAAGAUAAACAACACUGUUCAGUGCCGCGGCUGCACGCUGUUGACCAGCUUUUAUUCACGGACUUUAACGAUGGCAAAGAAACCGGAGGCCUUUGGAGAUUUAUGGCUGUGAUUACGAUAAACCACUCUAUUGCCACACUCCAUACCUACAUCUGGAUCAGUCUCUUCAGCCAUGUCGUCACGUGUGUUGCUGCGGCAGCAGCUGAUGCGAGAACAAGCCCAGGAGCAGGAGAGACGUGAGGCUCAGCAGCAGGCCUCUGCCUCUCAGCUCAGGGCCUCUGACUCCACGCCAGCCAUCUCGGUCACACUGCCCCCAAAUGCUGCCCGUCCCCCUCCAGCACAGGUGCCUGUGGAGGUGCUAAAAGUGCAGACCCAUUUGGAGAACCCCACAAAGUACCACAUCCAGCAGGCACAGAGACAACAGGUGAAGCAGUACCUCUCCACCACUCUGGGCAACAAUGCAGUUACUCAGACCAUGGGUGUGUCCCCUGUGCUGCAGUCCAGCUCUGCCCCUGAAGUUGCUCCUACUGCCAGCAGCGCCCCAAACAGCCCGAUGGCUCUGCUUAACAUCGGAUCCAACAAGGAGGAAAUUGACGAUGUGAUCGACGACAUCAUUAGUCUUGAAUCCAGUUUUAAUGACGACAUCAUUACGUUGAUUGACUCAGGUCUCCAGUUGCCUAGCACGCUCCCAGGAAAUCUGUUGGAUGUUUACAAUAGCCCUGGAAUGGCAGCACCUACUCUGACUGUCAGCAACUCUUGCCCUGCUGAUCUUCCAAAAAUUAAAAGGGAAAUUACAGAUGCAGAUGCCAAAGCACUUAUGAAAGAAAGGCAGAAGAAAGACAACCAUAACCUCAUUGAAAGGAGGCGAAGAUUCAACAUCAAUGACCGUAUAAAGGAGCUGGGUACUCUGAUACCCAAGUCGAGUGACCCAUAUCACAAUGAUGUCAGCGAGAUGCGAUGGAACAAGGGCACCAUACUGAAGGCCUCCGUGGACUACAUCAGGAAGUUGCAGAAGGAGCAACAGAGAGCCAAGGAUAUCGAGAUGCGUCAGAAAAAGCUGGAGCAUGCAAACCACAGUUUAAUGUUACGCAUCCAGGAACUGGAAAUGCAGGCCCGUCUCCACGGCCUGAGCCCUGAUCCCUCUCCAAUGCAGCAGCAGCAGCAGCAGCAGCAGCAACAGCAGAUCCCACAGAGCGGCCCCUCUCUGCCUCCCAACGCAGGUGGACUCUCCACCCAAACCCUCCUCAGUUUGGGCGUGGCAGGCAUGGGACAGCCUCUGCCAGCCUCCUUCUUGUCUCCGCCCUCCUCAGACUCUCCUGCAGGAGUCACCAUCAGCAGCCCCCUGGACCUGGGCAGCCUGAGCUUUGCCGAGCUGGACGAUGCCUCCGCCUCAGCACUCUAUCCCGACGUGGGCUUGGGAGACAUUCUUAUGGACGACGGGUGCACCCUGUCUCCAGAGAGGAUGGCUGAGCCGCUGUUCUCUCCUUUGUCACCAGGUGCCUCUAAAACCAGCAGUCGCAGGAGCAGCCUUGAAAUGGAUGAAGACUUGUGAUGAUCCCUGCAUGGCGUUCAGAGACUGUAUGGGCAAGAAUGUCAGGAGGUGCAAGGCUAUCCUUAUAUGUGAGUCUAUUUAUAGGACUAUAGAACUGAACUGAAUUAGCUAACAUAAAGAUCAAAACUAACAUAAAAGCAUUGGAGAAAGUAUGUUUUUAAUUUCUUUCUGCCAUACAGACCUAAUUAUUAUUGUUCCUGUUUGGAGCUGAUUAUGUCUGGGAUUUUAAAUGCAAUCUUAUUAAAAAUGGAAUAUUGUAUAAUAGGGGCAUGGACUUAGCAUUAAGAGAUAAUACAUUCUUAAAUAGUUUUUAAGGUUUUUCUUCAGAGAUUUAAGAGGGAUAUAAAGUUUGCUUGAAUAUAUUAUGAGCUCAUUUAUAGGGAAGAAAGCUGUGAGGAUUGUUUUUCACAACAACACUGGCAUAACAAACUGAAUAAGAGAUGCCAACAUACAGUUUAUUUUCUUUCAUUGUUUUUUUUUUCUCGACUGACUGGAAUCAGGGUUUGUUAAUAGGAGUCGCAUGCUCAUCCAUGUUGUUUCACCAGCAGCUACAGAAGGGAUCUUUGUAAGGUGAAUUGGCACAUUGUGAAAUAUUUACUGCAUAUUGUAUAUAAGAAUAUUUUAUUUUGAGCAAUUUUAUUGCACCUUAUUUUAUGGCAGUCUAUGCAUUUUAUGAGAGCUUUUGUCUGUUUUUAUUACUAUCACACACAGUGGACAGCUAAUGCCCAGGUUGCAUGUAUUUGUAAUAAACCUUAAAAGCAAUGGAAAAUCACUUUGCUGCUGCAGCUAGUUAGCCAAAGCAGGACUUCCUCCAGAGUAGCUACAAAUUACAAAUCAGCGUUUUAUUUUUAAAUAUAUAUUCACUCGAUGGAAAUGCAAGACGGUAUAAGAAAUGCAGAACAAUUUUAUCUUUUUACAAUAGUACUGUAGUUCAUUACAUUAUUUUUUUUGAUACCUAAAUAGUUUGAUAAGUAGUUGCUCCUGACUAAUAACUGUUGUCAGUGAUUGUUUGUCACAUAACCUCGGCGGUCACUGAGUGAUUUUACUGAUUAGCAUGUUCUACCAAGAUUGUGGCUUCUUCUUCUUCUUCCUCUUUUUUUUUUUUUUUUUUUUUUGGAUGAUCAAAAGUGGAAUAUCUGAUAAUGCAUAGUUACUCAUUGUAGUAUGAACUCAGAGGGCUCUGGCCUUCUUUUUAAACCAACCACUAGCCUCACAUCUGUAAUGAUAAGGUAUAACUGUUUGAUGUGUGAAACCUGCGAUGCAAUUAUUAUUCAAUAAAACAGCCACAAAGUAUAGAAAGGCAUUUUAAUUUGUCAGACGCUUAACGCGACCUUAUGUACAGUUAAUGAAUGUGUGUUUGGAAAAAGUACCUGCAUAAGAGUAGUUGUUUUUGUUUUUUUAACACAGACGCACUGAUUUUUUCCCCUCAAAUACAACCUCAAAAUGACUGAUACACAUAGAUUUUAAACUAUUCAGCAGAGAAAAACAUCUUUAAUUUUGGCGGUUUGAUGAUUACAGUGAUUUUAAAAUGUCCUCUCCUUGUUUUUGAGCUAACAGCUCCACUCAGUGCUACCAAUUGUGUUUUUCCUGUUUCCUUUAGCUUAAGUACCUUUGGUCAGCUUUUUUCACUCUCCACAAUAUUAACCAUGUCUUACCUUGACAUAUACUUGAGUGCUAACUUUGACUGUUAACCAUAAACAGGUAGCAUAUGUGUCUUGUCCCUACGAGAUGGCUUUCGGAAAAGACUUUAACAAAUAAAUGAUUCCCAUUG